UCCUCUACAAACACCCGAAUCAACGAGUCUCCGACGAGUCAAGCUUCAUCAUGACGGAGCAAUUAGUCUUGAGGGGAUCCCUUGUGGGACACAGUGGCUGGGUUACUUCUCUGGCCACGUCCCUGGAGAACCCCAACAUGCUCCUCUCCGCAUCGCGCGACAAGACCUUGAUCGUUUGGAACCUUACUCGUGAUGAGUCCUCAUACGGGUACCCGAAGCGAAGCCUUCACGGACAUUCGCACAUUGUCUCCGACUGUGUCAUCUCCUCCGAUGGCGCAUACGCUUUGUCGUCCUCGUGGGAUAAGACUUUGAGACUGUGGGAACUCUCAACCGGAAACACCACUCGCCGAUUCGUCGGUCACACCAACGAUGUUCUCUCCGUCUCUUUCUCCGCCGACAACCGACAAAUCGUCUCUGGAUCUCGCGACCGGUCCAUCAAGCUGUGGAACACUCUGGGCGACUGCAAGUACACCAUCACGGAUAAGGGACACACCGAAUGGGUUUCAUGCGUUCGAUUCUCCCCCAACCCGCAAAACCCGGUCAUCGUGAGCAGCGGGUGGGACAAGCUAGUGAAGGUGUGGGAAUUGGCCACGUGCAAGAUCCAGACCGAUCACAUCGGCCAUACCGGAUACAUCAACACCGUCACCAUUUCUCCCGAUGGUUCUCUCUGCGCGUCCGGAGGCAAGGACGGUACGACCAUGCUGUGGGACUUGAACGAGUCCAAGCAUCUCUACUCUCUCGCUGCCGGCGAUGAGAUUCACGCCCUUGUCUUCUCCCCCAACCGCUACUGGCUCUGUGCUGCCACGUCCAGCAGCAUCGUCAUCUUCGAUCUCGAGAAGAAGACUCGUGUGGACGAACUCAAGCCAGACUUCGUUGAGGUCGGCAAGAAGAGCAGAGAGCCGGAGUGCAUCAGCUUGGCUUGGAGUGCGGAUGGUCAGACCCUCUUCAGUGGCUACACCGACAACAUCAUCCGCUGCUGGGGCGUCAUGAGCAGAGGUUAAGCCGCUGGACGAGCGUGAUGAGGGAUGGGGGUGUCAAAAGGAGGUGGGAGGUUGACAUGUGGCCGUCUAGAUGGGAAAGCGGCUAUUGAGGAAAAUCCUCCUGCUCAAUAGUAUCGGACUGGCGUUUCUGCCUCGGAAGGUCAUGGAGCAUUCUUCCAUGAGGUGUUGAUAAAUUUCACAUCCAGCAUAAGCAUCAAAAGGAUCCAUUCUGAU